AGAUGAAAUCGCAGGGUUUAUUGACGGUUUUUUGCCGGUAAAUACGAUGUACUCGUUGAGUGGCGAAUACCCUGAGAGUCCAGCCGAGUCAGAGGAAAGUAUAACUGACGAGUCUCCGGAUACAGAGGGAGGGUUCUCUCAGGCAUCUAGUCCAUAUGGUUCUGGCAAUCGAGGAGGAGGUACGAGAAGCGUGCCUUCAAGACGUGAAAGUACCGCAGAAAAACAACGAAAAUGGGCUGUCCGUACGUUUACAUUGUUUCUAGUAAAUGAGGGAAUUACAAAAUCACUAGAGGAAAUGCAGCCACAUGAACUAAACAAGCACUUAAAGAAAUUUUACAAAGAAGCAAGAAGAAAGGAUGGUUGUGACUUUUCUAAACCAGGGCUAACAAAUAUCAGAAAUGCCCUUGACAGAUACAUUAAGACUAUACUUAACUUUACAAUAUUGAAAUGUGCAGAGUUUGAAGAAGCAAAUAAAGCCUUUGAUGAAAAGAUUUCAAUGAUAGAAGGGAAUGCUGCAAGUCCAUGGAGACAUUCUGUGUCGAUUAACCCUCAGGACAUGCAGAAGAUACUUUCCAGUGGAGUGAUUGGUGGUUCUGCUCCUCUACUGCUAUUACGCGCUUGYUGGUUUAAUAUAUUACUGCAUUUUGAUGUUGGUGAUCAUCUAAAACAGAGACGACUUUCCAAGCAGCAAUUUGUUAUACAUUGUGAUUCAACAGGACAAGAGCAUGUCAAGAUGGUGAACUGUUUUCCAUAUCAGCAAGGAAUGACUGGCAACAUCAGUUUACCAACAACUAUGCAUUCAGUACCAGGACAUCCUCUCUGUCCUGUUGCACUGCUCAAGAAAUACCUCUCCAAGCUACACCCAGAGUCUGAUGCACUAUUUCAGUGCCCAGUCCAGUACAAAGUGGAUGAUUCUGUUCCAGUUUGGUAUGAAAAGCAAGCAGUUGGUGUUCAUGCGUUGGAAGGCAUGAUGACCUGUAUAUCAAGAGAAGCUGGGUUGUCUAGGAUUUAUUCCAAUGGCUGCUUAAGAAAGUCAUCAUCACUUGUUUAUUUGCAAUGUGGUUUUGGAUUUGAUCCCAGAAGUAUCAACAGUGAAUCAUCUAUAACUGCAACAAGCUCUCUCUCUUCYUCAUCAGGUGUGAMUUUCACACCAAUUAGCMAGGACAGAAUACCACCGCUGCYRUCACCUUCAGCRGUAUCUCCUAGGUGCUCAUCAGUGAGUGAUCCCUUCCACUACCCGGUGGAAAGCAAACAUAUWCCACUGUACCACACCCUGUCAGGACAACAAUCUACUCGGUAUGAGAGCACUACUAGCUCAGCAUUUCCACARGUUAGCAAUGCUGCUACCAUGUCAAAUCAAGAUGAAUUUAACUCAAAACGAGGACAACAAGCAUUUGAUGCAAACCAAYCACGSACUGCAAUAGGAGUAUGUAUGCCAACUAUUAAAAUGGAAGGUAGUGGUUCAGGAKUGUGCGAGGCUUCAUCUAUGGGUGUUCAGCCUAYGUUUCCAAGUGAGUCUAUUGAUUUUCCUUCCGUCACUGAAACUAUGACAAAUAAAAGGGAGUCAUACAGAAACACCAUUGGAAGUGAUCAACAAUCCAAUUCAAGAUCUCUACCAUCAGAUUUAUCUAGCAAAACUUACCUACAUGUGGAAAUACUUGGUGGUAAAUCAUUCAUAGAGUUUGAACAUUACCAGUCUGGUGAACAGACACCCAGCCUUACAUUACAUGUACACUUCAGAGGACAAAGAUUCAAAUCAUCACCAACACCAUGCUGCAGUAAUCCUAGUGUGAAACAAGAUUUGUUUUUGGAGCUUCUUGACAGACCUUCAUCUGACAGUAAUACAUUGUUGAAUAUCCCAGACCCAAUCAASCUUAUUUUAUCCAAAACAGAAGUCAAUCAGAGUGUUUCUCUCAUCGGUUCUCAUUCUCUGUACUGGCAUACAGUUUUAAAGGAGCCUGGUGGGAUGGKAGUUUUGUCUCUAGAUAUAAAUGGUAUGGGAGAAGAGAGCAAGAUGAUGAUUGGCUCCUUGCAAAUGAGGCUCAAGAUUAUGACUAAUGGUCAGCAGACUAUACAACCACAUGUUGACAGCCAUCUCUCAAAUAUACACUYACGUGUGUCUGAAAGAGAGAGACGUUUCAUGGUUUAUGCCAGACAGUGGUGGAAAGAAUUCAUGAGUGGCUGUCCAUCACACAGUAGACAGCAAGUCAAGAUAUUCGCACAGAAUGAAUGUGGAGCAAGYAAACCAGUURUGACAUUUAUUACACCAAUUGAUACAGGACGCUUGCUUGAUGGUCCUCAACAUGCUGCUCGGUUUGUCAGCUUAUUAAAACAUGAAGAAGAGUGUUCAAUGUUUGGCAGUAAAGUUGACACGUGGAGCAGUCUACACUCAUUCCUCUGUAGAGGGAAAGGGAGCUGUGAAGACCAUGCCAUCUUGUUGUGUAGUAUUCUACUUGGAUUUGGAUUGAAUGCAUWUGUAUGUCUUGGUACAAAGGACACAGGACAGGCACAUUCUUGGGUUAUGACAAGACAUCGUGAUGGAAAGAUUGUUUUCUGGGAAAGCUUGACUGGUCAAAGACAUACUCUAUCAAGAAAUCCUGCAACAGCCUGUCCACCGUACAGAACAUUAGGAUGUAUAUUCAGCAAUAGCACCUUCUAUGCCAAUAUCCAGGCUAGUGGUUUAAUUACUACAUGUGACAUGGAUGUUACCAAUGCAGCAAAAUGGAAAACAAUGGAUUCUGCUGCCAUAUAUGCUGUAUGUGGUCCUGAUAUUCAGCCUGCAUUACCAGUACCUCCAUCUUUACAACCACCUACAAUAAACACUGUCAGUGCAAGCAAAAGGUUGGAGCAGGAACUGAAGRCUGCUAUUCAAGMCUAYAGGCAGGUAAAUAACCCUUCAUUUUUAUGGUUGAUUUUGUAGCAUUUACKUUAUAAUCUGUUGUUUUUAUC